AUGUCGCUCUUGAAACCACUCUCUUCCACACGAAUAGCUCGUUACCAGAUCCCCCGGCACGGCCUGAUACCCAACACUUCCAUCCAAAAGAAGCCACUCAUCGUCUACCACCAAGCAUUCGACCAAACCCAGUUGACCCCCUCCAAAAUCGAAGACUACAUUAAAUCCGUAGGUGUCUUCGAACCGCAAUGGAGGUACCCUAUGUACCCAAUCACACAUUUCCACUCAACAACGCAUGAGCUGCUUGUUGUCUUCAAGGGUAGAGCGACAUUGUGCUUUGGAGGGGAACAGAAUCCAGGUCGAGUCGAAAUGAUGGUAGAGAAAGGUGAUACAAUCUUGGUACCUGCAGGCGUAGGGCAUAGGUUGUUGGAAGAGGGAGCCGAGGGGUUUGAGAUGGUCGGAUCGUAUCCUGUGGGAGCGGCGAAGUGGGAUAUGUGUUAUGGCAAGGAAGGGGAAGAUGCAGAUGCCCGGAUUCAGAAGCUAGGAUGGAUCAAUAAAGAUCCUUUGUAUGGAGAUGGAGGACCUGCAGUGCAAGAGUAA